GGAUGCUCCAUUCGAUUGACACACAUUGCAGUCUGCCUGGAUCCAAACGAUGGGCAAGGCUACUAAAGCCAACUGGAAAUAUAUUUGGGAUUUGGAGGGUCAAGACCUGGCUUCUUGCUUAAUUUUCUUUUGAAUCUUCUGCGAAUGGUCACAGAACAACGCGCAAGACUUAUUUGUACAUUUUGGCAGCGGUGCCGAAUUUUGUUCUAUGGCAUCGUAAAACUGUUGCCUUGGGUAAUAAGAAUGGCUGGUUAUCUUUUUAUGGGCGCUAAGCACACGCUAACUGAAGGUGCGGACCGGCUUAGCCUCCUAUAAAGAGAAUUGGCACUUGGCCGGGCAUCACAAGCAGGCUGCUCUUCCCGGCAAACAGACAAACUAUGCUGGCAAAUCUUACUCUCGGGAUCUUACUGCUCGCCUGGUUUUCGGAGAGGGCCCUUGGGCAGUCCACCUGCUACGACUGCUCCUCGACAAAUGGACAGUACGCCUGUGUCAACGAAACCGCCUUUGGCAUGUGCUUCGGUGAAGGCUCAGUGGACGAAAGCGCAGUCCAAAACUGCCAGGAUGGAUACUACUGCGUCCUGGCGGGAUUUUGCGCCACCAUGGAUUCAGCGGAACCAGCUUGUGCCACAGAUGGUUCUACGACCACAACGGAUAUGGCAACAGAUUCCACAACCGAUUCGAGUACCCAGGAGACAUCAGUGACCACAGAGAGCACUACAACGGAGUCCUCGGAUUCCAGCACUUCUGAAAUAACAACGGACUCCAGUACCCGGGAAACAGUCACCGAAACCUCCACAGUUACCACUGAUUCCACUACCCCAGAAUCUUCUACGCAUUCCAGUACUCAAGAAACGGUGACCGAUACCUCAACCACGAUAGUGACCACUGAUCCCACAACCCCAGUUGUUACAACGGAUUCUAGUACCCAGGAAACAGUGACUGAAACCCCAACAACGGCUGUUACCACAGAUACUACUACUUCAGAAUCUACAACCGUUUCCAGUACUCAAGAAACAACGGAGUCUACGGGUACCACCACUCCAGAAGUCACCACAGAACCAACUACAGACUCCACUUCUACUGCUAAUACAACCCAUUCAAGCACUACACCCACAACUUCUGAGCCAUCUACUAGUACUCCAAGCACCACAACAGAGUCUUCGGAAGUGGAUCCCAAUGUCUAUUGCGCAAAGAUCAGGACCAAAGGGUACUCCCGGGUUGAGACAGAUACCACAUGUCAAAUGUAUGUCUACUGCUAUAAACUGAGCCGGGAUUACCUCGGCUGGUUAUACUAUUGCAAUGCGAAUGAGUACUACAACUCAGAGACAGAGGCCUGCCAAUCCACUCGACCAAGCAAUUGCUAGCUUUCAAUAUUAAUACAAUUUUAAACUAUUCUUUAAGGUUGUACAUAGCUAUAAA